AUGGCCCAAGAGCAAAUGGAGGCCAAUAUUCAUGCGCAUGUCUUGUUCACAAAGCCAGAAAGCAAGCAUGCUGCAGAACGAACCCAGUCGACAGAUUCCGACAAUUCGUUGACCUCUGCGUUGAGCGAGACUGAGUCACGGAACCCGUGUAUGCAGGCCUUGUGGGAGGAGACCACUUGCAAAGAGCUUGAAGUGCCGUACAAAUACCAGAACGUUGCAGCUCUGAUAAUCCACUGGGCAAAGCAUCUGGAUGAAUGGCUGGAGUGCAAGGAAGAGGUUCGCGAAGAGAGGCAUGAUCCUGAGAAGCCCUGGCGGAAGUCCAAAUUUCCUCCCCACGCUAGUUGGAAUGAAGCUGAGGAAGUCUUGAAGGAAAGUUCAGCGGAUAUAUUGACGAUUAUCGACUCUUGCUCUGCGGGUAGCAUCUGGAAAGAUGGUGGUCAGGAGGACCGCUCCUGGGAGGUUCUGGCUGCAUCCAGCUCUGAUCGACCGACAGCCAUUCCAGGCCCAGAAUCAUUCACAAGGGCACUCAUUGACUGCUUGAAAGCCAGAAUCACUGCUCAGCCGGACGAACUCUUCACUGUCUGUCAGCUUCACCACGACAUGGUGAAGUCGCGCAAGAACACCGGAUCUGUGUAUCAACCAAGACACGGCAUCAACAACAGAUACAUCAAACUCGCUCGCCUAGACUCCAAGGUAGUAGAUGCAGCACCUGCGCGAUGUGCGGAAGAAGCUGCAUCGCUGACGUUGCGCUUCUCUUUCCGUGACAAGACUGCUUUGAGCAACGAUGAGGUAAAGAAGUUGGCCGAGAAGAUGGCCCAGGGCGCGCAGGGUGCGGAGCUGGGUAUUAAUAAGAUUGACUGGGUGGAGUUCAAGCGGAAAGAUCCUUCGCCAGUCGCAUACCUCCAGCGACUCUGCUGCGGUGUCAUCAUUGCCCAGCGGCUGUGGAGACAGAGAAAGGCUCAGAGUCGUCGGAAGCGUAGGCAGGAUGAAGAUGUUGACCAGCAGAAAAGACUUCAGUCGCCUAAACGACCACGCGUGGACAGCAGGUUUACAUCCACGCAGCUGCAGGUAGACGCUUUUGGUCAUAUAUCUCCGUCACCUUCGAAUAAAAGCGGUCGAGAGACUCCCGAACUCCCGCUGUAG